AUGAACAAACCAGACGUCAUACACAAGGCAAUGGAAGAACUAGAUACAGUCGUUGGGAAAGAGAGGCUAGUCCAGGAAUCAGACAUCUGCAGUCUCAACUAUCUGAAAUCAUGCAUUCGGGAGGCCUUCCGCUUGCACCCUUACCAUGCAAUCAACGCGCCCCGCGUCGCCAUGGAAGACACCACCGUUGCAGGUUACCUGAUCCCAAAGGACAGCCAUGUUAUCGUAAGCCGGAUCGGGCUGGGCAAAAACCCCAGAGUCUGGCCAGAGCCGCUCGAGUUCCGGCCUGAGCGCCAUCUGAACGACGGGGUUGGGGUCGUCGUUCUCGCUGAACCAGACCUACGCUUCGUCACCUUUGGCACCGGGAGGAGAGGCUGCCCUGGUGUGUCGCUUGGUACCUCCUUCACAAUGCUCUUGUUCGCCAGGCUUUUGCAGGGAUUCAGUUGGACCAAGCCUCCAGGUGCUGGCACUGUCAGUCUGCAGGAGUCGCCUACUAGCCUUGCACUAGCCGCGCCCCUUGUUUUGCAAGCUAAACCACGCUUGGCUGCACACCUCUACAUGGAAAAUUAA